AUGUUUAAACAUAGUAAUUUAAACAUUGCAUUAUUUGAUAUCAAACUACAUUCACCACAUAAAGAUUUGAUAUUGGUAAAAGGCAAUGAAAGUGAAUGUGAUCCAAUACCUUUUGAGGGUAGCGUCAAGUUAUCGAUACCACAAGACAUACAUGUUAAGAAGAUAAAGCUAAACCUCACGGGGGAGUUUAAUGUGGAGUUUUUCGAGAGGAUGCCUAGCGGGAUGAUAUCAGAUCAAGUUUAUGAUAAAUUGUGCGUCUUGAAAGUUGAAUGGAACAACUUGUUGACCAGCGAUGAGGGGGGGAUCCAGUUCGGUAAUUAUGGUGAUAAAUUUGUCAAGAUGCAUAAGCUUCAUGACAUUAUAAAGAAAUCACAGUCUAAGGGUCAUGGGGGACACAGACUGACGCUGUCUACAUCUUUCACAGAUAUUCAAGAAGCUGACAGAAGUGGACCUAACUCGCUUGAAAGACCUUCAUACUUUAGAACUAAAUCGCAGCCUUCAUUAGACAAAUUUGGUCUGUCGGGAUCGUUGGUAAAAUUGCCUAGAAGUGGUGUUGAUGGUACCCCUUUCAAGCAGUACAAGACAUCAUCUAAUAAUGACUACUUGUUACCACAAGGUAAUUAUCGCUUACCGUUCAAAUGCUACUUACCUGCAAAUACGCCCGAGACUAUAGAAGGGUUGAAAUGCUGUAGUCUUUUGUACAAAUUAGAGUGUAUUAUUGAAAGAGGUCGGUUCGAAAAAUCCAUCCAUACAGCGAAACAUAUCAGAAUCCUGAGAACAUUGCAUCCAGAUAAUAUGAAUUUGACAGAUACUAUUGAUAUUGAUAAUAACUGGCCCAAUAAAGCUCAGUACAGUGUUGGUCUCAGUAGAAGAGGUAUCGCAAUCGGUUCGACUAUUACUGUUAAGUUAAUGGUAAUUCCAAUUGCAAAAGGUCUAAAGUUGAAGGGUAUGAGCGGUGUUAUUGUUCAACGCUCACAUACAGCGCAUAGCCAUGGUGUAUCUGGGGACUUUGAAGAGCUAAUUGGUAAGCAAACUAUGCCUAUACCUGAUCCAGAUACAUUAUCGACCGAUAGGUGGGACGUCAAGUCAACCUUCAAAGUUCCAUCGUCCUUAAAGGAGCUUACUCAAUCGUGUGAUUUAAAGAAUAACAUUAUUCAAGUGAAGCAUAGAUUGAGAAUUGCGGUUCAAUUAAAAAAUCAAGAUGGCCAUGUCAGUGAAUUAAGAGCAAACUUGCCUGUAUGCAUUUAUAUUAGUCCCAAUACCGGUUAUCCCAUGGGCAGAAAAUUCGAAAUAUCAACCCAAGGAUAUCUUACUGCACACGACGAGAAGCAGGAUAUUUUAUUCAGAAAAACAAGGAAUGAUUCUUCAAUCAGUUCGACUCCUCAUAGCCCUGAAGCAACAUCUACAGAUAACGGUGACAUCGAUGAAAUCGAUAGUAACGACUUGGAUAGAACAGAUAACGCACCCCCAAUGUACCAACAACAUAUAUUUGAUAAAAUUUUUGAUAUAUCGUCGCCACAAAGCCCCCUUGAACAGUUGAGAAUGCAAAGCAAUGAUUCUACCCCAUUGAAUUCUUUGCCAGGAUCUAUGGUUAAUAUUACCAGUUAUUUCGAUAUCCCUAAGGGAAUAGAAAGCAGCAUGUCAUCACCAGUGAAGUCUCCUACUUUUGACGUUAUGUCUCUAUCAAAGGUGCCUUCCUACACUCAAGCGAUAGAUGAUAAUGACGAUGACGAAAAUGAAUUGGCUCCUACAUACGAUGAUGAAAAUAAAAUCACACCGUUUUCUACAACAUCAAUACCUAUUCCAAUCAAUAAUAACUUGAGACAUCAAAGCAGGACGAGUUCUCCGAUGACAAGCAAGUCAUUUUUAUCUUUGAAUUUACCAAAGUCUCGCCGUGUUUCGCCAUCUCAUUCGCUUUCUACGUCUCCGCAACCACAUACUCCUACGCCAGGAUCACCUAAUACAACCAUACAGAACACCCCGAUUAAGUCCCCACAUAACAUGAAGCUAAACACAAAAUUCUUGCAUAAAAGGAAGAAAUAG